AUGACAUCACUUAAUAUAGAACAGACAGCAUGCCAUCUUAUGCAAGAAUAUAAAGAUGGUAACUUGACAGCUAUACAAUCAACAUUGAAAGAUAUAGAUCCAGGUCUAAUUCGUUAUACAGUCACACGAUCGAUAGAACAUGGUAAGACACAAUUUAAGCAGAAAAAUUAUGAGGGUGCAAUUACUUCAUUUACACAAGCCUUAGCUGGUUAUACAUUGAGUCCAAGAGAUAAAGAUAUCUGUGAUACUCUGAAGGAAGUAAAAAUAGAAAAAGCAAAAAUAUAUACAAAUAGAUCACAAUGUUUUAUUUUGCAAGGUGGUGAGGAGAAUUAUAUGAAAGCUUUUGAAGAUGCAAAAGAUGCUAUUUUAUUAUAUCCAGAAUGGUCUAAAGCAUGGUUUAGAGCUGGUAAGGCACUCUACUUGUUGAAUAUUUUUGAUAAAGCAUCAAUAGUAUUUAAAGCAGCAUUAAAACGGGAAAUACAAAAUGAAGAAUAUUCUCAAGAUAAGGUAAAAGAAGAGAUAGAGAAUUGGAUAAAAAUAUGUGAAAAAAAAGCAGAUCAUAAUGCAGCAAUACAACGAAUUACUGUGGAUUAUAGUAGAUUUGAACAUAUUUUAAAAGAGCUUGAAGAUCAAGAGAAUAUAGAAUCUGUGAAUGAAAUAAGUGGAAAUUACUCAAAUAAUAAGAAUAUAAUUACUUUACCAGCAAAAAAUUUAAAUUCUACAGUAGGAUCUUUAGGCAGUGAUUUACAAUUAGAACUUUCACCAGAUCUAUCAAAAGAAGAAAUAAGUAACUUAAAGCAAACACUUACUGGAGUAGUCGAAAAUAAUACAUUAAAUAAUUCUAAAAAAAAAAAAAUGGUAUUUAAUAAUAAUAUGAAGUUUCUUAGUAAAGGACUACAAAAACCAUAUGAGAAUUCACUUAGAGGUAUGUCUAGAAUUGUUCAGCUAUCAUCAGAAAUAUAUUGGUAUAAGAGGAUAAUAAAUAUAUAUUUGGAUACAAGUGAGAUAUAUUUAUCAAGUUGGAUUGAGGUCUUGACUGAAUUGCUUAAUUAUUUUUUUAUAGAAGAAUCCUGUACUGUAUUAUUUAUUGGAUCUGGAACAAUGAUUCUUCCAAUAUAUUUAAUGAUGAAAAUAAUUAAUAAUUCUAUAAAUAAUGUAAAUAUAUUAGUUACUACUCAAAUGAGACCAUUUUCUCCAUGUUUACAGAGAUUAUAUGCUAAUAUGGCAUCUUCAAAUGGGGUAAAUAUUUUACAAUUUAAUACUAGUGCUGAGAGUUUAUCUAAUAAAGAAUUAAAUAGUCCUGAUAAAAUAAACAAUAAUAAGGAAGGAAAUGAGAAUUUGAAUAUUGAUAGCACUAAUAUGGAGAUAUCAAAAAAUUUAGAUAAAAAUAAUUUGAAAAUCAAAGUUAUUCAUGGAAAUGUGCAAAAUGUUAAUCCUUUUAUUUGGAAACAGUCAUUCCCAAGAACAAUAAUUAUAGAUGCAAGUCAAUUUGAACCUGGUCUACUAGGUUAUGGUUUAAUUGCAAAUCUUUGGAGUCUUUAUAAGGAAGAUGAAAGUAUUAAUACUUUGAAUACUAGCUCUCAUAGCAAAUACUCGAAAUCUAUAGUUGUCCCAUCAGAUAUUAAUGUAUUUAUCCAAUUUGCAAAUAUAAAAAUUCCAUCCUUUGAUUUUUCAUUAAAUGAAAAGAAUUGUAGACAAGAAUCAUUUGCAGAUGAUACUUUUAACUCAUUGGAAAUUUGUAUGGAUAGAUUAAAUGAAGGAUUAUGGUCACCAUACUGGGAACCAUUAAACCCUUGUUAUCCUCUUGAAUAUUUGACAGAACCAAUACCACUUGGAUUAUUUCCAAUUGAAGAUAUGGUAAAUAAUAGAAAUCUUGAAUUUUUUAAAGGAAAUAAUGAAGUUAUUGAAAAUAUGGUAAAUGUUUCUUUCUAUGAAUGUAUAUGUGCAACUUCUAAUCUUCCAUAUUAUAACGGGAGUAUAGAAUAUUAUCUUCCUGGAAAAAAAUCUAUUAAUGCCAUUAUAUUAUCAUACAAAGCUUUAAGAAAUACAAUUGAUCAUGAUAAACAAAUAAUUAUAGAUACUUUACCUCAAUUUAUUAAUGAAGAAGACGAAGGAAAAUAUAUUUUUCCUUCUGCAGUUCAAUGGUUAGGUGGAGUUUUAUCCAAUAAUACAUGUAAACCUGUAAAUAUUAAAUUUGAAUGUAGAAUUGAGCAUUCCAGAAUAUUAUUACAGCCAUUAAGCGAAACAAUCACACUAUUAUCAAAUCCUGAACAUGAUAAUACAAAUAUAAAUAUUCCAAUAGUACCUUUACAUUCAAGUUCUGUUCCUCGUCCUGUUAUAGAGAAUCUAUGUGAUGUAGAAUCACUAAAUAUGUGGAUAAAAGUACUAAUAAAGACUUUUAGGGAGUUAUCAACUUCAAAUUCACCUUCCAAGUUAUUUGAGGGAAUAAUAUCAUCUUCAAGUCCUGCUGCACUAUUACCAAUGAUAUUAUUAUAUGCAAGUUCCAAUAUUAAUAAAACUCCUAAACACAAUCUUUUCCCUAAUUGGAAUAAACUUGAUGUACACUUUACAGCGAUUGAAAACUUCCCAAAUUUACAAGAGCUAUAUAAGAAGUUGAUUAAGGAUAAUUUAUUUACAUUAUUGUGUGAUGUGAUAAAAAAUGAUGUAAAACCACUAUAUGAACGUGAGAUUAUUUCAAAGGAUUCAUCUAUUCAAAAAUCAAAGUAUUGGAAAUCUAUCAAUACUUUGGAAGAUAAUAGUAAUAAUACUAGUGAACAGCAUAGAAUCAAUAAAGUAGAUUUUUAUAGGUGGAUCCAAAAUGAUACUACUACAAAAUAUCUUUUAAACAAAAAAUUAAAUGAAAGGCUAUCAUUUUACAAUGGAGAUGUACGACAAAUAAUUUUAGAGUCCUCAAAUUCUUCUAUAAAUAAUAAUAAUGGGAUGUCUAUUACAAUAAAAGAAAAAGCAAGGUUAUUCACUGGUAUGAAUUUCGAUCAUGAUGCCUUAAGUGAAGGAAUUAUUCCGUUAUGGAGCACUGUAUUUCAAAGUGGAGUUUUACGUAAUACAAUCUUAAAGACAUCAUUACCAGUACCUUGUAAAUUAUGUAUUUAUGGAAUAGUUACACAAAUUGGAAAUGAUUCAACUUUUGGAGUGAAUACGAGUGAUUGGGAUACAUAUAGAUUUGAUGGGCCACUGCAAUGGAACGCAUUAAAGUAUGUUAAUAAUACUCCUAUUUAUGAUAGAAGUGAAAUAUUCCAUAUUUUGACAAUUGAUUUGAUUCCAGGUGGAUUUAAUAAAUUAGAAAAUUGGGUAAAUAAUAUCAUUAUAAAUAUUACAAGCAGUGGAAGAAUUAACUCAUUAGUUGUAUUUUUCGAUAUAUGGCUUAAUAGUGAAAAUAUAUUAACCACCAAUCCAUUCAAAAAUCAUAUGAAUAGCAGUAGAUACAUUGAGUUACAAAAUCAAGACAAUAAUCAAGAAAAUUCUUCAUCCCAAAUAUAUUUUAAAAAGACAAAUUUAUGGAAGCCCGUUUAUCAUAUGAUGCCUCAAUUUUAUGCAAAUGUUGGAGAUAAUGUUGAAUUUGAUUUCUCAUUAGCACAAAAUUUGACAAAACUCAAGUUUAUUAUUAAAAAUAUUACCAGCCAUGGCAAUGAUACUCCAUCAACAAUAAAUUCUGAUGAAUCUGAUAACAGAAAUUCCGUAUUUCCACAACUUGGAGAUAUUGGAUAUUUGCAACUUCGUGAUAAAUAUGAUAAUUUAAUCAGAGAAAUAGGACCGAAGAUAUAUUCAAAUGAUAGUCCUACAUCACUUGAAGCAUUCAAUGCAUCUAUAGAUAUAGCAGUAAACCCAGGUUAUUUUGCUGGAAAAAAUGCAAUCUCAAGUGAAGACAUGCCUUUUGACCUAGAAUCAGUAAACUGGUUAUGUCAAUCAUUUUUAACUUAA